AUGGAAUUUUUAAAUUUUUUAAAAGAUAAUGGAAAAAUAGGUAUGGUUAAAGAAUGUAUAUGGGCUUUAAAAAUGUUGAAUCAUUUAAUUUUAAAAAGAAUGGAAAAAUCAAUGACAUCACUUAAAGAAAUUGGUAUUGAUCAUGGUUCAGAAAAUGUAAACAAGAUUAAGUUUUUACAAUUUGGGAAAGUUAAUGAAGAUCAUGAUAAUAAUAAUAAUAAUUCACACCCAGAGAUAACAAAUCAAUCAAAAACAAAUAAUAUAUCAAUGACUCCAGAUUUAUUACCAACUGAUGAAUUUCAAAGUUUAAAUUAUCCAAGUGAUUCAAGUCAAUUAAGUACUGAUGAUUUAAUAAGUAAUUUAAAAUGGUUUGAUCAAUGGGUAAGUGAAUUUAACCAAUAA